AUGCCCAAACGGUGCAGAGAAAAUCGGGACUCCGAUCUACCGCAAAAGCGUAUCCGUGCUCGGAACGAUGUCGGGCCACUUGAUCGUCUGUCUCGGCUGAGCAACGAGCUACUACUCCAUAUCCUUUCUUUUUUACCAAUAUCAUCUCUCAAUGUGUGUCAAAGGUUAUCACAUCGCUUCCAUGCUCUUGGUGGGGACUCUGAGAUAUGGAAAAAGCAAUACUACUCGCAAUGGGUGCGGCCCCGUGCCCGCCGCCUGGCAAAUACUAGACGCACAACCCUUCCAGCCAAGACAGAUUACUCGCCCAAGGUCGCAACGUGGUUCGAUCAUGGGCACUUGGCACAGGAGGGCAAUUGGAAACGGCAGUAUCGGCUCCGGCAUAAUUGGUCCAAAGGGCUAUGCCGGGUUACCGAGGUACAGUUUCCUCAGCCACCAUGCCCUCCCACGCUGGUCAGUUUUUGUGCUGGGGUUGUAUUCACGGCAGACCCAGCGCAUGGGCUCCGGGCUUGGAACACAGGAGACUCAGCACGUUGUCUCGCAAGAAUUCCUUUGUCCGCUCCAUCGAAAUCAUCAUCUAUGGCCCCAACCGCCUUGGCAGUAAGUCAAAUCCAAGAUGAGAUUGAGAUCUCAGUGGGACUGGAAGAUGGUCAUUUCAGCCUCUUCGUCUUAAAUCUUCAAACAUCCCAGUUAGACUUGCAGUCCUCUCAUGUCGGCUCCAGUGGUGCUGCUAUAACAGCAAUGGCCCUUUCAUCGCCAUAUUUGAUGGUAGUAUCCCAGCACAAACAUUUGACCUUGUAUAAUCUGCAAUCUGGCAGCCAUCGAGCGGGGGAAAAGGCCGAGGGCUCAGAGCCCCAUCAGGUCGCCUCCCUUAAUGCAGAUAACAUUGUUGCACCCAUGACACUAUCUCUUAGAGUCUCGUCUUCCGAAAUUGUCGCUACUAUUGUGUAUAGUUUUUUUCAUAUUGGAUGUGGGUGGUCCCUAGGGAUUCAAGAAUUGCGUCUAGGCAAAGAUGGCCAACAACUUGAUUCGCGACUGGCUACUACAGUGGAUUCCCAGUAUGGAUUGAGGCCACUUCAAUCCAGAAAAAGGCGACGCUCUGCGGCUGAAGACAAUCAACCUCCCAUCACCCCAGGGACACCAUUUAUCCUACAUCAACAGCCGCCAACCUCUAUGUCCUAUUCCCAUCCGUAUUUGCUGAGUUCACAUGCCGAUAAUACGUUGACAAUGUACCUUGUGGUAUCUACAUCGGAAAAUUUGUUUGUCCAAGGCGGCCGACGACUUUGGGGCCAUACCUCUUCCGUAUCUGCGGUUCAGGUGACCAACCGCGGGAAAGCUGUCUCUGUAAGCUCUCGCGGGGGUGAAAUUCGAAUAUGGGAGCUAGAGAUGGCGAUAUCAUCCCUGGGCAGCCGCAAAUUCUUCGAGGAGCACAGUGUUCAGCUCAACGUUGGAAACAAGGGGGAACCAGCGUCAGAGCCCGGAGGAGCGAUUUACCACAAUAUGGGCAGUGGAAAUGUAGAGUCCCAGGAAUUGACCUUGCCUAUUGGAUUCGACGAUGAACGGGUACUUCUCCUUCGAGAAAGGACCGGAACACAGUUACUUGAGUGUUACGACUUCACUUAA